AUUUGGCUGUGUGUUACAAGGGCGUUACGGGAUUUUGCUACAUGCUACACAUAUGAACUCCUGAUUUGCUUGAACACAAGAUGCACCCACAGAGUGCAAUAAACCAAAUUCCCGCUACUCUGUAGCGGGUCUUGGAAGCGUAGACUGAAUGGCCAUGCACAAAUAUUGCUCAUCACGCUUACCGACAGCUGAACGCCUUGUUCAUGUCCACGUGCUUUACAACCUGGCUUAUCCGAUCUCCCCCUCGACACCAAGUGCACACUCCCUUCUCUGUACUCUUGCACUACACCAUGUCGUCUUCUCCCAACUUAGCGUUUUUUCACGAAACGAUAGCUCACGGCCUGUAUGACUUCUCAUUGACGAUCAACGAUCAACGGGUUUUGCUCUUACGCCACGUUCUGUGUGCUCAUUGCUAUUCCAGCUGUCUAGAUGCGUGUGUUGCUCACCGCUCUCAAUAUCCUUCGCGUGAUCUCUUUUGCCGCGCUCUGUUUGAGUACCUCCUGUCUUCUCAUGCUUCGCAUGCCCUUUGUUACUCCGUGUGCAUCGCUCUUUAUGCUAUCGACCCUAAUCAAUCGCUCCCCUCUUUCGAUGCCUGCCGUGAGUUUUUGCUAGGUUUCAAUAACAUCUACCAACAAUUCCCCAAUCGGUUCUCAACCUUGCGAUCACUUGAACGUCUCUCUCGGUUUCAACUGCUUGCGCUUUGUCGGUUUCAUGGUUUACUUGACACUCUGACUUCAAAAUACCCACCCCGUGAACAUUUGCAUACGAUCGUGUUUGAACAUACUGUCAGUGACACCCCUUGCGAUUUUGGCAACGACUCGCGGUUCCAUGCACAUUGUAAUUCAACUUUAACUGCUGAUGACGAAAAACUCCUUAACCAUGGUCGCUUAAUACGAUGGAUUGUGUCUGUUGACAUCCGUGAACGAGUACUUCGGCGGCUGCUCUCACUCUUCCACUUGCCAUUCAAUUCAAUGGCAAGUUUGACUGAUCUCCACCGCAUUCUGGUGCAACAUGCUGACUUUUGUUCCCCCCCAACGCCACAUUCAACCGGAGCCACUUACACUGAGUGGAAAAAGAAUUGAGCAUCACGUUGGCCAGAAAAGCUCACACUCGAGUCUAAAUCACGUCUGCUCUCUAACUUCCACACCUUACUUGAUUCUGAUCAUCUUUCAACCAAAAUAUGCGCUGUUUGUGGUGCUGCAAAGUUUGUUACCCUGCCAAUGCACCGCACCCUUUCCCUUCUAGCCCUGCACUCCAAAACAUUAUGCUUGCACCCGAGGGUGUAGUGACUUGGGAUCCUGCCUAAGCCAUACCCCGAUAGUGCCGAUGCUACUCCGACGUAAUCCACGAGUCAGAGCCGAUGUUGGUGAGUGUUUGGGAUAGCUGAUCAGCGUG